UCAUGGCGUCUCCCAGUGGGAAGGGAGCCCGGGCGCCGGAGGCUCCAAGCUACGGAUACCGGCAGCUUGCCCGGGACCUAGAGGACUCCGUGGACGACGCAGAGGGGCUGUACGUGGCGGUCGAGCGGUGUCCGCUAUGUAACACCACCCGCCGGCGGUUGACCUGCGCCAAAUGUGUUCAGAACGGCGAUUUCGUUUACUUCGACGGCCGCGACCGUGAAAGGUUUAUUGACAAGAAGGAAAGGUUAAGCCGACUUAAGAGCAAGCAAGAAGAAUUUCAAAAAGAAGUAUUAAAAGCCAUGGAAGGAAAAUGGAUAACAGAUCAGUUGAGAUGGAAAAUAAUGUCCUGCAAGAUGAGGAUCGAACAGCUGAAACAAACAAUAUGUAAAGGAAAUGAAGAAAUGAAGAAAAAUUCUGAAGGCCUGCUCAAAACCAAGGAAAAGAAUCAGAAGCUUUACACUCGAGCACAACGGCAUCAAGAGAAGAAAGAGAAGAUUCAGAGGCACAAUCACAGACUUAGCGAGCUGGUAGAGAAGAAAAGUCUUGACUUAAGAAGUCAUUCUGAGCACCUGGCAAGUCUUCGGCGAGCCCACAUAGUAGAGCUCACCUCUGUCAUCUUCCCCAUCGAGGAAGUAAAGACUGCUGUGAGAGAUCCCGCGGACACGUCUGCAGAGCACGACAGUGCCAUGACCUCUAGCACCGUGAGCAAGCUUGCUGAAGCCCGCAGGACCACUUACCUGUCAGGGCGAUGGGUCUGUGACGACCAUAAUGGAGAGACCAGCAUCAGCAUCACAGGGCCUUGGAUCAGCCUCCCUAACAACGGAGACUACUCUGCCUACUACAGCUGGGUGGAGGAGAAGAAAACAACCCAGGGGCCAGACACGGAGCACAACAACCCGGCACACACCAUCAGUGCUGCACUGUGCUACGCGACGCAGCUGGUCAACAUUUUGUCUCAUAUCCUCGAUGUAAAUCUUCCCAAAAAGCUGUGCAACAGUGAAUUUUGUGGGGAAAAUCUGAGCAGACAGAAGUUUACUCGUGCCGUGAAGAAACUGAAUACAAAUAUCCUUUACCUGUGCUUUUCUCAGCAUGUAAAUUUAGAUCAAUUACAACCACUGCAUACCCUCAGGAAUCUAAUGUACCUGGUCAGUCCGAACUCUGAACACCUUGGCAGGUCGGGGCCCUUUGAAGUGCGAGCAGACCUUGAGGAGUCCAUGGAAUUUGUGGACCCUGGAGCUGCCGGGGAAUCUGACGAGAGUGGCGAGGAGCACAGAAGUGACGAGGAGACCGACUUGGGCACAGACUGGGAGAACCUGCCAAGCCCCCGGUUUUGUGACAUCCCCUCUCAGCCGGUGGAAGUCUCCCAGAGUCAGAGCACCCAGGUGUCCCCACCCAUUGCGAGCAGCAGUGCUGGGGGCAUGAUCUCUUCGGCUGCAGCCUCGGUGACCUCCUGGUUUAAAGCUUACACUGGACACCGCUAAAGCAGCACGGGCAAGACAGGCCGAACGCGCACCAAGAAUCGCUAAUCCCACUACACCCUAGUCAUCUGUAGCUGUUAAGAGAGUGCCUGGAACAAAAAUGGUUAAACUGGUAUUGUUUUUUGUUUUUUUUGUAAAAGCAGGGCGACAAGCAUUUCUGUUUGCCAGAUUGACUGACAUGUUG